CACCUGAAACCAAAACAAGAAUAGAUUUUUCACAUACAACAGAAUGGCGCCACAAUAUGAACGUUGUGGCGACAUUGUGUGGCUGUGCAAGCGUGAGGCGCGCAUCUUUGCCUUCAAAUGCCUCUACUGCGAGCACCAGACAACGGUCUUUCGCAGCUUCAAGGAGCAUUUAAUUGCCGCACACGCGGAAGAGAUGCGCAAGUUUGAUGCGAAAGAGGAGUCUGUCGAGACCAAAACUGUAUGCAACACAAUUGACACGGCAUUGGAAUGCCAACAAGAGAUGCACAAGCAGCAGGCAAGUGUUGAAGUGGAAGUGCAGCGAAAAGCUAGCCAGAGCUUGCCAGCUGCAAUCGAGUCGGAGCUGGACCUGGAUGCUGCCUGGCAAGCGCAAUUCGAUGCGUCCAGCAGCAGCAGUGACAGCGACAGCGACAGCGACAGCGAUGUGCUCAACACAGUGGCCGGCGAUAUGCCAGAAUUUUGGCUGCAGGAGCAGCCCGUCAUGGUAUCGCUCAUCGAGCAGCUGGAGAGCGCCCGCCCGCUGUGGGACAACACAAUGCUGGAGUACCGCAACUACAAGCGACGCGGCGAGCUGUGCGACCAAAUUGCACGCCAGCUCAACGAACAAUACCAGCUGCAGCUCAAGUGCCAGGAGAUUGCGGACUAUGCCAAAAAGCUGCGCGCUGCCUAUGCACAGGAACAGCGCCGCCUCCAGCAGCAACAGGGGGACGUGGCUGACGCUGUGGCUGCGACACCAGCAGCCUGGUAUCACCAACGUCUCAGUUUUCUGGCCAACAGCGUGAGGCAGAGGCGCAGCAGCACACGGGCUGCUGCCGAUGAUGCGGCGGCCGCUGCGUUGCCUGUGCCACAGCUGACGCAUGAACAGAACAUCAAGUUCAUAGAGCUGUAUCGACGCAGUCAGCGCAUCUGGGACAUGCAGGAUCUGAGCUGCCGGCUGCGGCAUGCGCGUCUGGCGGCCAAGCAGCAGCUGCUGCAGCUGUGCCGCAGCGAGCUGCCGCAGGCACAGAAACUGGAGCCGGCACAGCUGCAGCGCUACAUCAAGCACUUGCGCAAAACCUAUGCGCAGGAGAAGCUGCGUCGCCUGGAGUGCGAACGCGGCGGAGCAUCAUAUACGCCAAACAUACAAUGCUAUCAGCAGCUGCAGUUUCUGGACGCGCAUCUGGCGCCGUUCCGCUGCACAGAGUGCGACCAAAUGCUGCACAGUGUGGAUGGCUACAAGAUGCAUUGCGCCCAGCAUAAUGGCCGUUUGCCGUUCAUCUGUCCGGUCUGCCAGCGCGGCUUUGCGCGCAGCGACAACUGCACAAUACAUCUGAGACGGCACACACAGGACUAUCAGCUGGAGUGCACGGAGUGCGGCAAGCGCUUUGCCAAUACCACGGAUCUGCAUGUGCAUCGGCGGCAGCAUACGGGCGAGAAGCCCUAUUGCUGUGAUGUCUGUGGCCAGCGCUUCGCCACGUGCUCGUUCUUUGUGCGCCAUCGGCGGAGGCACCAGCAGCGACCCAAGGGCAAGUGCCAUCUGUGCGGCAAGACCUUCUACGAGGUGUCCGUGCUGAACGAUCACAUCAAGGGCCAUCUCAAUGUGCGCGACAAGCAGUGCGAUGUGUGCCGCAAGUGUUUCACCAGCGCCAAGUAUCUGCGCCAGCACAAGGAGAUCCAUGCGCCGCACAAGCGCUACGUCUGUAAAAUCUGCAGCAAGGGCUUUGCACAAUAUGCCGGCCUCAGCGGGCACAUGAAGUCGCAUGGUACGAUUGUGCGCGGCAUACCCAAGGCGCAGCCGAGCCCCAGCCCAACCGACAACGAUCCCGGCACAUUUCCAGACGACUUGACGCAAUGGGACAGCCUGUCGGAAAGUCUCUAAGCCAAGCUCACAGGGUCAAGGAGGGAAGAGGCCAAGAUUCGAAUAGUAUUAGUCGUCUGAGUAUUAUUAUAGAUACAUUCAUUUAUGUUGAUCUAAGAGAUGUAAAGUUCCAGUCAA